UCUGUGUGGCAGCUCAGAAUGAUGGAUCAAGCCAGAUCAGCAUUCUCCAACUUGUUUGGUGGAGAACCAUUGUCGUAUACCCGGUUUAGUCUUGCACAGCAAAUAGAUGGCGAUAACAGUCAUGUGGAGAUGAAACUAGCUGCAGACGAAGAAGAUGUUGACAAUAACAAGAGGGGUAAUCGUGUCCAAGUUGCAAAACGAAAAAGGUUUAAUGGAUUUAUCUGCUGUGGGACUAUUGCUAUAAUCAUCUUUUUCUUGAUCGGAUUUAUGGUUGGCUAUUUGGGCUAUUGUAAACGUGUAGAGCCAAAAGCUGAAUGUGAUAAAACAGAGUCUCCGGAGACAGAGGAAACAGAAGAGUACUUCCCUGAAGUACCUUCCCACUUAUUUUGGACAGACCUCAAAGCAAUGUUGUCAGAAAAACUGGAUACCACAGACUUCAUCAACACAAUCAGGCAGCUAAACAAAGGUCCUCAUGAGGCUGGAUCUCAAGAAGAUGAAAACCUUGCUUAUUACCUUGAAAAUGAAUUCCGCAAACUUAAACUCAGCAAAGUCUGGCACGAUGAACAUUUUGUUAAGAUUCAGGUCAAAGGCAGUGCUCAAAACUCAGUGACCCUCAUAGGUGGGGGCAGUGGGCUCUACCUGGUGGAGAAUCCUCAGGGCUACGUGGCGUAUAGUAAGGCUACGACAGUUACUGGCAAACUGGUCCAUGCUAAUUUUGGCACUAAAGAAGACUUUGAGUCUUUAAGCACUCCUGUGAAUGGAUCUUUAGUGAUUGUUAGAGCAGGGAAAAUCACUUUUGCCGAAAAGGUUGCAAAUGCUGAAAGUUUAAAUGCAAUUGGUGUUUUGAUCUACAUGGACUUUACUAAAUUUCCCAUUGUUAACGCAGAUCUUCCAGUCUUUGGACAUGCUCAUCUGGGAACAGGUGACCCUUAUACACCGGGAUUCCCUUCUUUCAAUCACACUCAGUUUCCACCAUCUCAGUCAUCAGGAUUGCCUAAUAUACCUGUCCAAACAAUUUCCAGAGCCUCUGCAGAGAAACUGUUUAGAAAUAUGGAAGGAGACUGUCCCUCUUCUUGGAAAAUAGAUGCUUCGUGUAAGCUGGCAACCUCAGUGAAUAAGAGUGUGAAACUCACUGUGAACAAUGUGCUGAAAGAGACAAGAAUUUUAAAUGUCUUUGGUGUUAUUAAAGGCUUUGAAGAACCAGAUCGCUAUGUUGUAGUAGGGGCGCAGAGGGAUGCCUGGGGUCCUGGAGUUGUAAAAUCCACUGUGGGAACAGCUCUUCUAUUGGAACUUGCCCAGAUAUUCUCUGAUAUGGUCUUAAAAGAUGGGUUUAAACCUCGCAGAAGCAUCGUCUUUGCCAGCUGGAGUGCUGGAGACUUCGGAGCUGUUGGUGCCACUGAGUGGCUAGAGGGAUACCUUUCCUCCUUGCAUUUAAAGGCUUUCACUUACAUUAAUCUGGAUAAAGCUGUUCUUAGUAAUGGCACUUUCAAGGUUUCUGCCAGCCCACUGUUGUAUUCACUUAUUGAGAAAACAAUGAAAGAUGUGAAACAUCCAGUUAAUGGGUUGCCUCUAUAUAGGGAUAGCAACUGGAUCAACAAUGCUGAGAAGCUUUCUUUUGAUAAUGCUGCUUUCCCUUUCCUGGCGUAUUCUGGAAUCCCAGCAGUUUCUUUCUGUUUUUGUGAGGACUUAGAUUAUCCCUACUUAGGUACUACCCAGGAUACCUAUGAGACACUGAUGCAGCAGGUCCGUGAGCUGAAAAAAAUGGCCCGUGCAGCAGCAGAAGUGGCUGGUCACUUAAUGAUCAAACUUACCCAUGAUGUUGAGUUGAACCUGAACUAUGAGGCAUACAACGAGAAAAUGCUUCUUUUCGUGAGGGAUAUGAACCAGUUCAGAACAGACAUAAAGGAGAUGGGUCUGAAUCUACAGUGGCUAUAUUCUGCUCGUGGAGACUUUUUUCGUGCUACUUCCAAACUAACAACAGAUUAUAAGAAUGCAGAGAGAACGGACAGAUUUGUCAUGAGGGAAAUCAAUGACCGUAUCAUGAAAGUGGAACAUCACUUCCUCUCACCCUAUGUAUCACCAAAAGAUGCUCCUUUCCGACAUAUCUUCUGGGGCUCUGGCUCUCACACUCUGUCAGCUUUACUGGAGCACUUAAAGCUGCGUCGGAAAAAUAACAAUGCUUUUAAUGAAACACUGUUCAAGAACCAGCUGGCUUUAGCAACUUGGACUAUUCAGGGAGCUGCAAAUGCCCUCUCUGGUGACAUUUGGGACAUUGACAAUGACUUUUAAAUGCGAUACCCAUAACUUAGGGUACGUGGCUUGUGCUGGUUGUGCUAAAUUUUCAGUAGGGCUAUAAAACCUAAUAUUGUUAAAGUUCGACCCAAUCAUCCUGGUACUACUAGAUGUCUUUAGGCAGCAGCUUUUAAUACAGGGUAGGUACCUGUACUUCAAGUUAAAGUGAGUAACCACUUAAAAAUGUUCGCAAUAGAACAUAAUGGUAACUGCCUCUUUUCUGUUACAUUUAUAAAAAAGUCAGAACCAGUUAUGUGAACUAUUGCUCUAAAUCCUAAGGACAUGAACACUGGUAUCUUUUGAGUGGGGAAGGAAGGUGAUAUCUGCUGAAGGUUAAAAGUGGUAGCUUAGUGGGAUUCUCCAUCUUCAUCUGAUGCUGGGUAACAGAUACCAGGUUGUAAGAGCUUAUCCUCCCAGUGAGCUCUAUGCCUUCUUUAAGGAUUUAGCUGGUUUCCACAUCCCUGAGUGAAACAGUUAACUUUCAGAAGAGAUGGGACUUGCUUUCUUUCCAGUGAGAUCUGAAGUAGAGGCCCUUUGGCUGGAUAAAAUAAGGUUCAGCUGUUUAUCACAGGAACAAGGCCUUAAUGUGUUAACCUUCAAGAUCAUUUAUCAAGAGAGAGGAGACCAGAAGCCAAAGACCUAGUAUAUUUUCUUUCCCUCUGUCCCCUCCCCCAUAAGCCUUUGUUUAGUUGUUUGUUGUUUUUCCCCAAGAUAUUUUGAAAGAGAACCAGUUUUAGGUGUUUAAUUUCAAACUCAGUUUGUCAGACUUUAAAGAUUACAUACUGCCAAAUUUUGGUAAAAGUGUUAAUUUUUUUGGAAAAAGCUUUCUAUCAUUUUGGCUCUGAGAUAUUUAUUGUUUAUUUAUCAGUGACAGAGUUCACUAUAAAUGGUGUUGUUUUUUUUAUAGAAGAUAAUUAUCGGAAGCAGUGCCUUCCAUAAUUAUGACAGUUAUACUGUCGUGUUUUUUUUUUUUUAAAUAAAAGCAGCAUCUGCUAAUAAAACCCAACAGAUACUGGAAGUUUUGCAUUUAUAAUGGUCAAUACUUGUUUUAGAAAACAAGGUUUUAGAAAAUAGCCUCAAAUAAAAAUUUAAAGCUAAUUAUUAGAGAAGAAUUAAAUUUAAUUAGGGGUUGCUAAUCAAGUUAGACUUUUAUUUAGCCAGGUAGAUAAAAAUGGUAGUUUUCCUAAAUGCAAUGAGUUGUGACCACACUAUAAAUUAAUGUCACUUAAGGCAGCAAUAGUGUUCAUAUGCAAAAUUUUAUAGCUCAAUUCAUCCAAGGUGUAACUGUAAUUCAAAUUUUGCAAAAUUUCCAGUACCUUUGUCACAACCCUAACUCACAUUAUCGGGAGCAGUGUCUUCCAUAAUGCAUAAAGAACAAGGUAGUUUUUGCCUACCACAGUGUCUAUAUCGGAGGCAGUGAUCUCCAUAUGUUACACUAAGGGUGUACGUAAUUAUCGGGGACAGUGUUUCCCAUAAUUUUCUUCAUGCAAUGACAUCUUCAAAGCUUGAAGAUCGUUAGUAUCUAACAUGUAUUUCUAGCUCCCUAUAAUUCUCUAUCUUUUAGUUUUAGUUGCAGAAACAUUUUGUGGUCAUUAAACAUUUGCUGGGUAAAUUCAACCAUGGUAAAAUAGUAUUACUUCCUUCAAGAUUCUUUUUGUUGAUUCAAAGGUUAUUUUUAAACCUGAUGUGGUGUUUUGUUAUAUUUGUGGUUUCUCUGGGUCUUCUGUUUAGCAGAAUAGUAGCAUACAUUUAUAAUGUUUGCUAUUGACAAAUGAAUUUAACUUCAUCCCCUAUAUGCAUGUUAUCUCCUAUAACCUUAGUUCAUACAAGUUUGAAUCCAGAACUGACCUUUUAGCUUAAAGCAGGAGAAACCCGUAUAGGAGGUCUGGGGGGAGGGGGAGUGAGGAGUGUGGGGAGCCGAAGCUUGCAAAAGGAUUUUUGGUCAUGCCUACCUACCUACCUAUUAGUACAUGGUGGUCAUGAGUUAAAUGUAGAUGCAAACAAAUAAGUGUGAGACUACAUGAGUAAAGACUUUGUUUUCUACUCAACCCGAUGAUAAUCAGCUGUUUGUUAUAGGGCAGUUCAAUACUGUCACCUAAGACUGUCCAUAGGAUCUCUUAAGGUUCUUUGAACUUGGUGUCACCUAAGUUAAAAUAGAUCUAGAUUAUUACAACCUCACUGAAUUGUUUCACUACUCAGUCUAUUUAGUCUUCCUAGUGUUUUAUCUUGGACGAAUUUUAGUGUAGCUAAGUAAAAAGGUCAUUGCUGGGAUUCCUGGUUUGAGUAUCAUGCUUUAUCAUACUUUAAUAAAAGCUCAGUGACUUCAAGGCAUAAUGAAUAAUGGGCAUACAUUUCACAGCAGUAAAUCUCUUUAAAAACCUCUUUUCUAUGGUUAAGGUUGAGUUAUUUCCAAUCAAAUAAGUAGUAAGAAACUUAAUAUUCCUGAAUGAAAUGUGUAUUUGACAAGUGACAACCUGCUGAUCUUCAUAUUUUUUGUUUAUAAAUAUGAUGUACAUUUUAAAGGUAAAGGAUAGAAUGAGUGAGCUCUGUCAAUUCACUGUUCUAGAACUUGCAUGACCUUUACUAUGUUUCCUCUUUGAAUGUUCUUGAAAUUUUACUUGGUUAAAGAUGGCUUAUUAAUUAAACUUCUCAACCUACUGCUCAGCUAUAUCUUUGUAAACAAGUGAUAUGCCCUUAUAAUUGUACACAAGCUGGUAUGUGCAACAAUGUGGAGAUUCCUUAUCUGAUUUAAUAAAAUGCUUGAACACUGA